CCCCAUCUAAGGGAGAUACAAGCUGUCAGCGCGUGAGGAGUGGAAGGGCUAAUCUCCCUGGUGACCGCCCAGCAGCCAGCUGGCCGUGUCUGGAUCGGAGCCCAGGAACGCCGAGCACGGCUGGGUACUGAGCUCAGCGACGCGAGGCAGGGAGUCUCAUGUAGCGGUCACUGGGGCGCGAAGACUGUUGUGUGGACGCUGCUUGACAAUGCUGUCCCGGGUGGUACUUUCUGCCGCCACCGCAGCAGCUCCCUCUCUGAAGAACGCAGCCCUUCUCGGUCCGGGGGUAUUGCAGGCAACAAGGAUCUUUCACAAAGGGCAGCCAAGUCUUGCCCCUGUACCACCUCUUCCUGAAUAUGGAGGAAAAGUUCGUUUUGGGCUGAUCCCUGAGGAAUUUUUCCAGUUCCUUUAUCCUAAAACCGGUGUAACAGGACCCUACGUGCUCGGAACUGGGCUUAUCUUAUAUUUACUCUCCAAAGAAAUAUAUGUGAUAACUGCAGAGACCUUCUCUGCCAUUUCAACAAUAGGGGUGCUUAUCUAUGUUAUUAAAAAGUAUGGUGCCUCUAUUGGGGAAUUUGCUGAUAAACUCAAUGAGCAAAAAAUUGCCGAACUGGAAGAAGUGAAACAGGCUACCAUCAAACAAAUCCAAGAUGCAAUUGAUCUGGAGAAGUCACAGCAGGCACUGGUUCAAAAGCGCCAUUACCUUUUUGAUGUCCAGAGGAAUAACAUUGCCAUGGCCUUGGAAGUUAGUUACCGGGAACGGCUGCAUAGAGUAUACAAGGAGGUGAAGAAUCGCCUGGACUAUCACAUCUCUGUGCAGAAUAUGAUGCGUCAAAAGGAACAAGAGCACAUGAUAAACUGGGUGGAGAAGAACGUGGUACAGAGCAUCUCUGCGCAGCAGGUACAUGAUGUUUUGAAGCUUCUGGAGUUCUAUUGAUCUCUCUGAUAGGAUAGAAAUAGCUGGUAAGGAGUCUUUAGCCUAGAGACACUGGGGUGGUCCUGGUUCAUUUUUCUGGUUAGUGGUAACCUAGAAGAUGCUGUGCAACUGCCUUGGUAGGUUGCCUCCUUCCUCAAAGUUUGGCUACCAAAGGGUCUCUCACCUCAUGGAUCAAAAAGUGGAAAGAUUGUUGAGAACACUCGUUGAACAGACAUAUGUUCAAGUUCCAACAUUUGGGCAAUAUUAAGCAACAUAUUUCAUUUCUCUGUAAAACAGAGGCUGGACAAGUCUACUUCUUAGCCUCUUCCAUUUUCUGAAUAAUUCCAUGAUUUCCAUUCCAUGCCAUUUCCUCUUCCCAGCCACUUAAUUCAUUGGUCUUGAACAGAAAUGUUUUCUGUUUUUUACCUAAAUGUGAUUUCCUUUUUAAAUUUUAUGUUCUUUACUUUUGACUUGAUUUCUUCUUUCCUAGAUAUAUAGUAUACUUGGGCAUUUCUGGUCAUUUUCUGCAUAACCAUGCAGGACUAGAAAAACAGGGUCUGUCAACAUUUAAUGAAUUGGGUUUUUUAAAAUAAACUGUCUUUUACAUAAAAGUGAUAUACUUACUUAAGAAACUUGAAAAGACAAAAGUAUACAAAAGAGACUAAAAGUUAUUUUUAUUCUUUCUUAACAUUUCUGUAUUACUCUUGUUUGUUAAGUUGGUCUUUUUCAAGCAGCUGUUAGCUGUAAAACCUAACAUCAGUGGCACAUGGUUACAGGAGUAUCUAGCUUCAACCUCUAAACAGGUUUCACUCAUAAAAGCUAUGAGCCAAGGGACUUUAAAUUCCCUGCAUUUGCUUAAAAUAAAUUUUGCAUCUCCCCUAUGUUAAAUAAUUAAAUAAUUUUUAGUAGUCUAUCAUAUUAAGCCAGUAAUCCAUCUUGAGAUUCCGAGGAACCUCUUAUAGGAGGUAUCCUUUAGAAUUACAGUGUUUAUACCCUUCCAUGAUUUGAAAAGGUCUAACCAGCUUUCUCUUUCCUUAUCACAGGAGAAGGAGACAAUUGCCAAGUGCAUUGCAGAUCUAAAGCUGCUCGCAAAGAAGGCUCAAGCACAGCCAGCUCUGUAAAUGCAUCUGUCCCAGUUGAGACAACUAGAAACAGUUGACUGACUAAAUGGAAACUAGUCUUUGUGACAGAAUCUUUCUGUAUUGCUCUCUACUGAAGUUAGUUUCCCUUUCCUAAAAAUGAAAAGUUUGAGUUUCAUAUAAUGAGAGAAUUAAAACAAUCUAUUGGCCAGUAAGAUGUUUCUCUCAUCCUUCUUGCUCUGCAUUUUGAGUUGUUCCAUGAUCACUUUUGAAUAAGCAGUUUGCUUUGAAUAAAAUUUGGUACCUGACUAAAAAUUGUCAAGUUAUAGUUUAAAUUUGAAUUAAUUCAACCAUCUUACAAUAAAGUGACGGUUGAAACAAAGUUUUUCAAGAUGCAUAAUUUUCUGAAAUGUUAUUUCAACAUUUAUUAUAUGGGUAAAAAUUAUGGGUCAUUGAGCUGAUAAUAUUGUUUAUAAAACUAUUAGUGGUAAGCUAUUUCUUGCUGACAGGUUAUGGGAAAUUUAAAGCUUUUCAAUAUUCUUAAAAUAACUAAAAAAUCUUGUAUACCAAAUUAUAUCAUUGACUUUAUUUUCAUUUUAGUAGUAUGUCAACAGAAAAUAUUAUGGACUCAAUGUGUCAUAAAAUCACUCUGAAGAAUCCAGCAGAUAAGUUAGAAAAUUCUGCCCUUCCAUUGGUUUGUCUAUAUUUAAUUCUCCCAUACUUGUAUAAGGAUUUACUUGUAAACAAAUGGAUAACUUACAUAAUAGGAAGUACUUGAAAAUACGUACCAUAUGGAUAAUUGCCAUUUUCAUUGACUUCCUAAGGUUUUAAUUAUGUAACAAUCAUUUAAGUCAGUACUUAUUUAUUUAUUGAUGGCUAAUGUAUUCAUCUUAUAUAGAAAUCAGACUGAUAUCGUUAUUAAGAUGUUACUUAAAGGAGAUUUUGAUAGGGUCAGCAGAGGUGUUCCAGAUUAUUCAUUAUACAAAGAAUUGCUGUGCUAAGCACAAUCCUGCACUGGUCAUACAGAGAUAAAAAGUUCCUACCUCAGGGAGUUAAAUAUCUACCGGAAAGGCAGUAAGACUCUGUGAUACAGUACAGAUUUUAGGUGUUUUGAGAGUGUAAUGACAAGCACCAUUUUAGGUAGUCUCAGUAACCUCAUCAUUUUCCUUGUAUAUAACUAUCAGUCAGCAUUCAGUCAGAGAAGCAGAACUACUAGGAUAUAUGUUUAUAGGUAAGGGAUUUGACUUUAUUCUGUCAUGGGAGCUGGUUAAGCAAUCUCUGUAAGCUCUUAAUCUUUGUUUCUGAUGAAAGAGCUUGACGUGCAUGGAGCAGGCAUUUAAGAAGGGAAGAUAGAUGUGAAGUGGGAGGGGGUAGGAACAAGUGGAAAUCACAAGCACAGACUGAAACCCUUGUCAAUUUUUAUUACCUCAGAUCUUCAUGAUAUGAUUGUCCUGCAAAACCCCAGGCCUUUCCUCACACACCUGGUCCAAAGGUUAGAGAAGCUGAAGGAUGACCCAGGGAAGGGUUGGGAAGUUAUAGGCCCAGCUACAAUUGGUGAGUCAAGAGAUUAGCACCAGUAUGUAUAAGCCACAAAGUUGCUUCUUUGCAUUCGCAAAGGCAGCUAGGCUAGGCAUGAGGCUGUCAAGGUCCUCUGGCCAGUCACUUCAGAAUGAGAACAGUUUCAUCUGGGUCUCCUCAUAAGGCUACCAGAUCCAAGCAGAGACUGACAGUGUGCCCCAUAGUCCCCAGAACCAGGGAGCCGGAUGAAUUACAUCGUGUACUCACAGCAACACUUACAACAUGCUAUGGAUAGCCAGCAUGAUGCUCUGCCACCUGGACAUGACUGUUGCAGCCAGCUGUAGAGCAUAUGCUGCUCCUUUUGGACAAGGAUGUGCUGGAGGAGUUUGUUUACCUGUGCCCAAGGAGCAUGGUAUCACAACCCAAAGGGAAGCCAGUCAGGAAUGAGAAGGAGGUAAUAAGCUGAGCAGGUUUCCUAGAGACGAAACUCCAGACUACAGCCCCAAAUCUCUACCUUCAGAAUACCAGAAAUUCAUUUCUAUGUGGUGGAUGUGGUUUGGUAUGUACAAAUUGGCUGCAUGGUAAUUGGUUGUGCAGUCUCAAGAGUAUCACAGUUAUUUUUUAAAUGUAUGGUAUGAAAAAGUUCAAUUGAUUUGAAGUAUUUUUGUAUUAGCAAAAGAAAUGGAUUACAUUUGUCAAUGAUAAAAGGGAAAUGUUGGAUUCUUUACUUUUGUCAUAAAUUUUGUAAUGACCAUAAAAAUAAUUUCUAAUCAAUGAUAACUAAUAAGAAUCUGUAGAUCAUUCCAUCAGGUGGUCAAUUACCUAAUUCACUGGUUAUUCUUAGCAUCAUUCAUGGUGGAAUAACCAGAUAUCUUUCCUGAUCUGCUAAAAUACGAAGUAGACAGUAUCACCUGUGAUGUAAUCUAGCCAGAUGUAUUUAACCUGAAUCUCUCAGGACUUAAGAUGUAAAUUCCAGUUUCCAGGAAAUGCAGGAGGCAGAGGGACAAUAUAAAUGACACCAGGGGAAGUAAUUAAAUUAGGGAUUAUGCUUCCAUUUAUUGGGUCUUAGUGUUUUUCAUUAAAAUUUUUAAUGUUCUCUGUUAAGGUCCUGUACCUUUUUUUGUAAGAUUUAUUCUAAAGACUUUCUAUUCUUUAUUAAGAUUAUAAAACGUACCUGGCUUAAAAGUAAAUUUUCUGUUUGUCGGAGUGAGAAAAUUAAGAUUCAGAUUCCUGCAACUUUGUUGCUGAUGUUAAAUGCAAUUAAGAUGCAGAAUGCUGUAACAUUUGCUUCCAGUAAUGGUAGACUAGGUAAUUCAGACCAACUCUCCUACUGAAGAAAUUUUUCGCAUCUGGGUGAAAUAUAAAACGUAUCUUAAAAAUAUUAAAGCACCGGAUGGCCCUAGAGAUUGUCAUACUGAGUGAAGUAAGUCAAAGACAAAUAUCAUAUGAUAUCGCUUAUAUGUAGAAUCUAAAAAAAUGGUACAAAUGAACCUAUUUACAAAACAGAAAUAGAGUCACAUGCAGAAAACAAACUUAUGGUUACCCAGGGGGAAAGUGUGGGGGAGAAGGGGGGAUAAAUUGGGAGGUUGGGAUUGACAUAUACACACUACUAUAUAUAAAAUAGAUAACUAAUAAGAACCUACUAUAUAGCAUGGGGAACUCUACUCAAUACUUUGUAAUGGCGUAUAUGGGAAAAGAACCUAAAAAAAGUGGCUAUAUGUAUAUGUAUAACUGAUUCACUGCUGUACACCUGAAGCUAAAAACACUGUAAAUCAACUAUACUGCAAUAAAAAUUAAAAAAAAAAAAAAAAAAAUCUCUGCCUAACCCAGAAGUUUUGUAAUUUUAGCUCCUACAGGUAAGGAUAUGUUACAUAAUUUGUAGAUGGUGUGAAAUAAAGAGUUUAAGGCUUUUUUGUUU